AUGCAUUCACCUUGCACCUACUGCAACCCGGCCCCCUCUUUCGCUGGUCGAGGCCGUCAGUUCUUUCGCCAGAACUACGUGCGAGGUCUCAACCGUCGCGCUGGCGGCAUUGGGGGUCUGGUCAAAGUCGCCCUUGUCGGAACGGCCACUUACUUUGUCUGCAAAAAGAUCUACCAUGCCGGUGCCCAAAGCAAUAAUCAUGGGCAGACUUCGCAAUAA